AUGCUCGAAGACACCCACUGUGAAGACGUCAGAUGUCAGAAACCACUCUGCCUGAAGACAACCCCUGUGAAAACGUCAGGAACCCCUCUGCCUGAAGACAUCCCCUGUGAAGACAUCAGGUACCACUCUGCCUUGAGACACCCUGUGAAGACACACCCCUGUGAAGACGUGGGGAACCUUAAGACACCCCCUGUGAAGUCAGAAUCCACUAUGCCCGUCAGGAACUCGAACACACUCCCUGUGAAGUCAGGAACCAAUAUGCCCGUCAGGAACCCGAAGACACCCUUUGUGAAGAUGUCAGGCACCACUCUGCCCGAAGACACUCCCUGUGAAGACACGUCAGGAACCACUCUGCUCGACGACACCCCCUGUGAAAACGUCAGGAACCUGAAGACACCCCCUGGGGGACGUCAGGAACCACUCUGUCCGAAGACAACCCCUGUAAAGACGUCAGGAACCACUCUGCUCAAAGACAACCCCUGUGAAGACGUUAGGAACCGCUCUGCUCGAAGACACCACCUACGUCAGAAACCACGCUGCUUGAAGACACCCCCUGUGAAGACGUCAGGAACCAUUCUGCCUAAGGACACCCCUGUGAAGACAUCGGGAACCACUCUGCCUAAGGACACAAUUGAACCUGAAUAUAGCCCCUGUGAAGACAACCACUGUGAAGACAUCAGGAACCUGAAUAUAGCCCCUGUGAAGACAACCACUGUGAAGACGUCAGGAACCACUCUGCCCAAAGACACUCCCUUUGAAGACGAACCACUCUACACAAAGCCGUCAUUUUUAAAUACGUCAGGAACCACUCUGUCUGAAUGCACCCUUUGUGAAGACGUCAGGAACCACUGCCUGAAUGGGCCCCCGGUGAAGACGUCAGGAACCACUCUGCCCGAAGACACUCCCUCUAAAGACGUCAGGCACCACUCUGCCCGUAGAUUACGAAGACACCCCUGUGAAGACAUACCCACUGUGAAGACGUCAGGAACCACUCUGCCCCAAGAUACCCUCUGUGAAAACACGUCAGGAACCACUCAGCCCGAAGAUACCCACUGUGAAGACGAAGCCAUUGUGAAGACGUCAAAAACCACUCUGCCCAAAAACACCCCCUGUGAAGAGACGUCAGAAACAAUUCUGCCCGAAGACACCCACUGUGAAGGAGUCAGGAACAUGAAGAUACCCCCUGUGAAGGAACAACUCUGCCCGAAGACACCCCCUGUGAAGACGUCAGGAACCAUUCUGGCUGAAGACACCCUACAUCAGGAACCAUUCUGCCUGAAGUCGCCCCCUGUGAAGACAUCAGGAACCACUCUGACCAAAGACACCCCCUAUGAAGACACGUCAGGAACCAUACUGACCGAAGACAACCCCUAUGAAGACGUCAGGAACCACUGCCUGAAUACACCCCCAAAGACACCUCCUAUGAAGACAACCACUACGCCCGAAGACAUCCACUGUGAAGACACCAGGAACCUGAACACACCCUAUGUGAAGACAUCAGGAAACACUCUGUCUGAAGACACACUACGUCAGGAACCAUUCUGCCUGAAGACGCCCCCUGUGAAGACGUCAAGAACGACUCUGUCCGAAGAUACCCACUGUGAAGACGAACCCGAAAACACCCCCUGUGAAGACGUCGUACCACUCUGUGUUAAGGCACCCCCUGCGAAGUCGUCUGGAACCACUCUGCCGGAAGACACCCCCUGUGAAGACGUUAGGAACCCGAAGAUGUCAGGAACCACUCUGCCUGAAGACAUCCUACACCCUGUGAAAACGUCAGGAGCCACUCUGCCGGAAGACACCCUCUGUGAAGAAGUUAGGAACCCGAAGACGUCAGGAACCACUCUGCCUGAAAACACUCCCUACAUCAACUGUGAAGACGCCAGGAUCCUAAAGACACCUUAUGUGAAGAUAUCAAGAAACACUCUGCCUGAAGACACCCUCUGUGAAGACGUCAGGAACCACAGCCCGAAUACACCGCCUGUGAAGACGUCAGGAUCCAAUCUGCCAGAAGACACCGCCUGUGAAGACAGUCAGAAAAAUUUUGCCCGAAGACAUCCACUGUGCCACUUGCCUUAA